GGGAAAGACUGCUUGUUUGUCCAAGAAAGACUGCAUGCUAGUGUGAGGGAAAGACAGCUCGUUUGUCCGGGAAAGGUGGUUGGACCUCAUAAGCAAAGCAGAAUAAUAGAUCAUUUUUGGGAUCUACAAGUGAAGAGGCAAAAUAUUUCUGUGGAGAUAAAAUUACUUGAGGAGAAAAGCAAGUUGCUUGAGAAGCAACAAAAUGAACUUGAGAACGAGAUUGAUCUUGAACAGAGAAACCCGAAAUCAGGGGGUGGUUUACUGCAAAAAGAAGUUACGAAAAAGAUCGAAAACCGUGUGACUGGACAUAAGCGAGCUCGUGAAGAAAAGCCAUCUAACCCACCAAAAAAGAUAAAAUCAUCAGGAAAAAAAGGGGAUACAUUGCCUGAUGGAACCAAAAUUGAGAAGCCGACUCCUAUGAACCUGGUACCAUCGGAUGAUGACAGUUUCUUUCAGGAUGAUCUUCCACCAGAAGAAUCUCUUGAAUUCAUCCUUAAGAAUCAAAGAAGCUGGAUCUUGCCCUCGAGACAAAACGUUUACAACAUUAUCACUGAGAAUAUAUCCGCAAAUGUGAUGGCAGUCAAAAAGAAGAAAAGAUUAUCAGCUGUAGAGAAAGCU